UCCGGCCUGGUCUGCCGCCGGGACCGGACCACCGAGAACUGGGAAAGGAAAGGCCGGGGCCGCAGCCGUCAUGGAGCCAGCGGACCCUGAGAAAGAGAACAGGAGCAAGAUACGCUGCUGAAAACUUUUCCUCCCCUCCAUCGAGGGAGGAGGGAGUCCCACCAGGAUGACCAAGCUGCCCAUCAACUCCUCGAGGGACUUGGAGCAGAGUCUUCCUGCCGUGGCCUCCCUGAGCACCUCGCUACCCAGAAACCGGAGCUUCUCACCACCCUUCUUCCCACCCCUCCCAGAGAAGCGCAAGGCCAUUUCAGAUGUCCGCCGGACCUUCUGCCUCUUUGUCACCUUCGACCUGCUUUUCAUCUCUCUGCUCUGGAUCAUUGAGCUGAAUACAAAUACAGGCAUCAAGAAGAACCUGGAAAAGGAGAUUAUCAACUACAACUUCAAAACCUCCUUCUUCGAUAUCUUUAUUCUAGCCUUCUUUCGGUUUUCGGGGCUGCUGAUGGGCUAUGCUGUGCUGAGGCUUCGACACUGGUGGGUGAUUGCGAUUACCACACUUGUGUCCAGUGCCUUUCUCAUCGUCAAGGUCAUCCUCUCUCAGCUGCUCAGCAAAGGUGCCUUUGGCUAUCUGCUCCCCAUCGUUUCCUUCGUCAUCGCCUGGCUGGAGACCUGGUUCCUCGACUUCAAGGUCUUGACACAGGAGGCAGAGGAGGAACGAUGGUAUCUGGCUGCCCAGGCUGCUGCUGCCCGGGGCCCCCUGCUCUUUCCUGGGGCAUUGUCCGAAGGACAGUUCUAUUCUCCUCCAGAGUCAUUUGCAGGAUCUGACAUUGAAUCUGAUGAUGAAGAAGCUGGGAGGAAAGGCUUCUCUAGCCAGGAUCGGGAGUAUAUCCAGCAGGGGAAGGAAGCCAUGGAGGUGGUGGACCAAAUCCUGGCUCAAGAGGAGAACUGGAAAUUUGAAAAGAAUAAUGAAUAUGGGGACACCGUGUACACUCUUGAGAUUCCUUUCCAUGGCAAGACAUUCAUCCUCAAGGCAUUCCUGCAGUGCCCAGCAGAGCUGGUAUACCAAGAAGUAAUCCUGCAGCCAGAGAAAAUGGUCCUGUGGAACAAGACGGUGAAUGCGUGCCAGAUCCUUCACCGAGUAGAAGACAACACUCUCAUCACCUACGAUGUGUCUUCAGGGGCUGCAGGUGGAGUGAUCUCCCCCAGGGACUUUGUGAAUGUCCGGCGAAUCGAGAGGCGGAGGGACAGAUACCUCUCCUCGGGCAUUGCUACCACCCACUUUGCCAAGCCCCCGAUGCACAAGUAUGUCAGGGGUGAGAAUGGACCUGGCGGCUUCAUUGUGCUCAAGUCCCCCAGCAACCCUCGAGUCUGCACCUUUGUCUGGGUUCUCAACACAGAUCUCAAGGGCCGACUGCCCCGAUACCUCAUUCACCAGAGCCUGGCUACCACCAUGUUUGAAUUUGCCUUCCACCUCCGGCAGCGGGUCGGAGAGUUAUGUGCUCGAGCGUAGCAAGCCUCCAGCCUCCAGCAGGCUCCUAAGAGAUCCUCCGAGAGUGCCCAGGGUCCCCCAGCUACACUGCUCCUUGGGGGCUCUCCCACGCUAAGGGCAGGGGGUGGCUGGAGUCUCAGGGCUCACUCUUCUGGUUAAGGGUGUGUCGCACGUCCUACCACAGGGGGGCAGGACACGAUGGAAGGGAGAGCAGCCGGCUCCUGACUGCAGCAGUGGGGGGUGAUAGGGCCCUGGGCCAAGGUGUCCCCAGGAUAAGCAGAGAGCUCUGCCUAACUGGUGGGCGGCGUAGGGAGUCACUGGGUCCCCGGCUUUCCCAUUGGCUUUUUAUAACCGUUAUUUAAAGGGUCUGGGACUCUUUUUUUUUCCCAACAGAAACUGGUGGAGGGAGGGGAUAUGGCCCUGCCUCCCCCCACUGGGGACCUUUGCUCCGGCUCAUUCAUUAAAGCCUGUAUGGAAGCA